GCUUUGUCGCUCUGAGCAGGCCACGCCUUUAUAUCUGUCAUCGACAACAAGGGCGGGUGAUACCAUACUGGCAGUUGUGUCUUCCGAUGUUUAGAGAGGCUAACAAUCUCGAUCUUUCCCUAGUGGUUGCUACUAAUGACGCUGAAAACCAUAAGUAUCUUAGAUACCCCGGUAUUUGUGGCAGAGAUCAGCACCUGAACUUGGCUUUUCCACCCUCCAGUUCGCCAAGAAAACUGUACAACUACCGGUAUGAUCGGUCAGCUCUCGGAGUGGCUUCUCCUGAACCAUAUCCCUGCUUCAAUGACCCAGCGUACUGUCGCUUUUUGAUACUGUUUGCCACCUGGAGUGCAGAAUGAGAGAGAUACCUGCAGCCCUACAUGGAUUUUGAUGACCUGAAAGUCACGAGCAAAG